AUACACGAAACCGGAUGGAGAGUGUACAUUAGAUUUUGACAGCUCUCAAGUAAUGGCGGCAGCAGGACACGCAGAGUCCUCCACUUUAGACCAAGAAGACGAAGAAGAACCCCCGGGAAAUCCAGAGACGACCGUUUGGGGCAAACCUACUCCCCCAAGGCGCCUUCCUCGGAAAAUAGAUCGAUCCAAAGAUUCGACAUUAAAUCUUGGGAGUUUGAGCACUGAGAGUUGGUCUUUGCCGAGUUCGGAAAAUACCAACAGUUUUCAAGAAUUGCGAAAGGAGAAUGCGACCCUGAAAGCUCAAUUAAACGACCUCAACAAGGCCCGCUGUGCUUCGGAAGAAAAAUGCCAAUCUUUGAGCGCUGAGUAUGCGGACGUAAAACAAAAGUUGAUAGAGACAGCCCAGUUUUGUCAGAAUUUGGUGACUCGGCUAGAGGCUAAAGAAUCCGGCGGACGUGGUUUCUGUGAAAAAGGCUAUCCUUCACAUACCAGUAGCUAUAGCAAGCUGCUAUUUCGGGCAUCCAGGGUUGAUCUCAUGUCUGAGACGUAUUAA